CUGCCAAGAAAGUGUUAAGGGACUAAAGUUUGGCUGGUUAUAUAAUUGAAGUGAUAGACCACUUACUUUUUCAAGCCUCCGCAUAGAAGACCUGCUCGACAGCCCUGAUCCUCGCUACAUUGACCUCCUUUACCCUAACAGCUCAUACAGAAUGCCUGGAUCAGCCCAAGCCAACGGCGAGGCCACGUGGCCCAAAGAUGUGGGCGUCAUCGCCCUGGAGAUCUACUUCCCCUCACAGUACGUGGACCAGGCCGAGCUGGAGCAGUUUGACGGCGUGUCGGCCGGCAAGUACACGGUGGGCCUGGGCCAGGCGCGUAUGGGCUUCUGCUCGGACCGCGAGGACAUCAACUCCCUCUGCCUGACGGUGGUCCAGCGGCUGAUGGAAAGGAAUGGCCUCUCCUACGACCAGGUGGGCCGUCUGGAGGUGGGCACUGAGACCAUCAUCGACAAGUCCAAGUCGGUGAAGACGGUGGUGAUGCAGCUGUUCGAGGAAUCGGGCAACACGGACGUGGAGGGGAUUGACACGACCAACGCUUGCUAUGGGGGCACCGCCGCCCUCUUCAACGCCGUCAACUGGGUGGAGUCUAGCUCCUGGGACGGUCGUUAUGCCCUGGUGGUGGCAGGAGACAUUGCAGUUUACGCCACAGGAAGUGCCCGGCCGACAGGGGGCGCCGGUGCGAUAGCCAUGUUGGUAGGGCCCAACGCCCCACUGGCUUUUGACAGAGGUCUGCGGGGUACACACAUGCAGCACGCCUACGACUUCUACAAGCCAGAUAUGGCGUCAGAAUAUCCUGUGGUGGACGGAAAGCUGUCUAUCGAGUGCUACCUCAGCGCCUUAGAUCGCUGUUACUCUGUCUAUCGCAACAAGAUCCAUGCACAGUGGCAAAGAGAGGGUGUGGACAAGCGUUUCAGCCUGGAGGACUUUGGCUACAUGGUGUUCCACUCUCCCUACUGCAAGCUGGUGCAGAAGUCCUUAGCCCGUCUGGUGCUCAGUGACUUCCUCAGCCACCCCAGGCCCAACACAGAGACUGGACCGUUCAGUGGCCUGGAGGCUUUCAGGGAGGUGAAGCCGGAGGAGACCUACUUCAACAGGGAUGUGGAGAAGGCCUUCAUGAAGGCCAGCACAGAGAUGUUUGAUCAAAAGACCAAGGCUUCCCUCCUCGUCUCCAACCAGAACGGCAACAUGUACACCCCCUCUGUCUACGGCUGCCUUGCUUCUGUCAUCGCACAACACACACCUCAGCACCUGGCGGGCCAGAGAAUCGGCCUGUUCUCCUACGGCUCAGGGUUUGCCGCCACACUCUAUUCCCUCCGAGUCUCCCAGGACGCCACGCCUGGCUCUGGAUUGGAUAAGAUCUGUGCCAGCCUGUGUGACCUCAAGGCCAGACUGGACUCCAGGAGAAAGGUGUCACCUGCCAUGUUCGCUGAAAACAUGCAGCUGAGGGAAGAGACCCACCACCUAGCACCGUACGUGCCCCAGGGCGCUGUGGAGGAGCUGUUCCAUGGGACGUGGUAUUUGACCCGGGUGGACGAAAAGCACCGUCGAGAGUACUCCAGAUGCUCCCUGAACGACGACUUGCCCCUGGAGGCUGGCCUGGUCAACUCCACCACAGCCACUGAGCAGCACAUCCCAAGCCCAGUGAAGAAGAUGCCCCGCCUCCCCGCCUCCACAGCUGGUCCUGAGGCGGUCACCGUUAGCAAUGGGGAUCAUUAAGCUAAGCUUACCUCUGUGAGGUACAGGUAGACAUGGAGGACGAUCAACAAAGGACAUUGGAAACACAAUUAUAAUGCUAGCAGAGAGGACCUUCUCCUCAGAGAUAUGUUUUCUAACAUAUUGCUGAAUGCUGCGUAAAACCAAGCUAUUUAACUAUCACAUCGUAGAAUUUAUCUUCAACCAUCAUUGCUCUCUAAUAUGUAACGGAGUAAUAUUAUAUGAAAUGUGUGUGUUCCAUUGGAUGCAUGGAAAGGAAAGGUGUUUGUCAAGGUAGCAGACAUUCCUGAAACUAAAAUCCUCAAGAUUCCACAUAAUUCCUGAGCCAGGGUGAAAGAUUUGAUCAGAUUUCAGCUAUUAAGAUUAUGUUUUGCAUAAGUUUGCAUUUCCCUUUUUCAAAAAGAAUAAACUAAAGUAUUUAUAGCCCAACAAAUUCAACAAGCUAUUUUUAUUUAAUUUUGGACCAAUUCUUUGUUCAAAAUAUGUUUUUAUCUUAUCAUGGCGCAAACUUAACAGUGAAAAAAAAAAAAAUCAUAGUACAUUUAUUUGAUCCGGGUAUUGAACAAAAACAAUGUUGGAGAAGAAAAGUAGAAGGGAUGAAAAAUAGAAGCUCCAUUUUAAGUCAACUAUUAUGUUCACUCUUAGCACCAAGAGGAAAUGGAAGCUUGAGGAACAUGACUGCCUGCAGGCCUUUGGGGAUAAAAAGGGAAGUGAGGCCUCUUAACGCUGUUUGUUUAUCAAAUGCUGCUGCUACCGUUGCAACUUGCUGUAAUGACUUGAGCUGUACAAAGGAGCUACACCCCUACUACACCCCUACUAUACCUUAAGAUUGACCGCUUUCAGAAUACUUCCGUUUGCUAUAUAGGGGAAACAUAAUAAUUAGGUGGGCGCUUAUAUUUAUCCUAUUUCACACGUGUAAAUUGGAAAUGAGUUUUUUGCAUAUCCCAACUCCCCCCUGAGAUACCCUCGAGAGUGGGGUCACGGCCAGGGAUCAGACGUUAUUGACAGUAACCCUGGAGCAAUUAGGGUUAAGUACCUUGCUCAAGGGCACAUCAACAGAUGUUUCACCUACUCGGCUGGGGUAUUCGAACCAGCGACCUUUCAGUUACUUGCCCAAUAUUCUUAACCGCUAGACUACUAAUAGUCAGAAUUUGUUUUCUCUUAGGACUCUUUGUUAUACCACCAUGAACAAAUAUCAGGGAAGAGGGACUGAACGGUCUGAGUUACAUUUAAGUAAUUUAGCAGAUGCUCUUAUCCAGAGACACUUACAGUAGUGAGUGCAUACAUGUUCAUAUUGUUUUGUACAAGUCCCCCGUGGAAAUCGAAACCCACAACCCUGGUGUUGCAAGCUCUUUGCCCUACCAACUGAGCAACAAUUCAACAACAUGUUUAAAUCAUGUGAUCAAUGUUUCCCACGGCGGUGAUUGCACUACAGACUAAAACGGUGAAAUGCCUCAAUUGAGCAUGCUGUUUUAUAAGAGCUUUUAUUCUCACCAGGCUCUGAUAAUCUAUACAAUAUGUAAAAUAACAUUUUGUUUGAGUUCUUGUUUGUCCUUAAAUAUCUUUUGGGAAAACAUUUCAGCAGAUAAAUCUAUUUCCUGGAAUUACGUAAAUUGACAUGGUCAAUCUAGUCUCAGUGCAGAAACUUUUAAAUCAGUUUUAAAAGACAUAUGUCCAACAAGUUAUUGUUUUAAUGUAGUGUGCAGAAGAAAGUCAUGUUCUGUGUCUCUACAACGUGUCUUUGCUUACUAGACUUAAGGGACCAGAUGCUGUCCUGAAAGGGUUGCUUUCUCCGAGGUCUCAAACGUUUUUUUGUUGUUGUUGUCUUUUAACACUGACAGGGAUAGGACUAGUUAUAGACUGUAAAGAAACCAAAUCUUGACACAGGCAGAAAAUGCUCAGGCAGAAAUACCUGCAAACAUCAGCCUUAAAGGGAACAGAGUUCGGGGGCAUACUUAUUUUUUCUUUCACAUAAAUGUUUUGCAUUUCCUCUGCAACGUUGUGCGACAGAGUUGCACACGUGGCUCACUUAUAGUCCAUUUCCAAUCUCUCAAGUUUGAGAAGCCUUACAAUAAGCAUGUACUAAAUGUAGAAAAUAGCUAUACUCAUAAUAAUGUACAGAUAUUUUAAUUUUAAACAGCCAAGAUAAGUUGCCUCUAUGUUUAUAUCUGUGAAUGGCUGAUGUUUACAUUAUGUUUCUCUGAGAUCAGAUAAUUAAAAAAUAUAAUUGGUGAGUAAUGUAUAGUACUAAGAUUAUUUAUAUUUGUAGAUAUAAAUAAAUUGGCGUCUAAUCAAGUGUCUCUUUUAUAGCAACGAUCUGUAUAGAGAUGAUGUAAUAACAAGGUAGAGAUGUAUUAAGAGAUGAACUGAAUAAUAAAUAUCCGUUCAUUUAAA